AUGAGAGACAUUGAUGACUUCCUAUUGAAGGAAUGUGUAAAUUCUGCCGGGGACACAAGUACCUGCCAUACUUCGAUAAUUACUUGUUACGAAUCAUAUAUAACGAAAAUGAAUAAAUUUGACAAAUAUGAUAAUUCACGAUGAAAAAUAUAAGUUAUAAUUAUCAAAUUUAAUUCGAUAUUUUUAUUCGAACUUAAAUCUGCAAAGAUUCCAAAUAUUGAAUAUUGUUGAAUAUUGAUAAUUUAAUAUAAGGAAUGUAGUUUCGAAAUUUUUAUUAAAAUUCUGAAUUCAAAGUCGUUGAAAUCGCUGUCGAAAUUUAAUUCGAUAUUUUUCAUUUAAACUCGAAUCUAAACAACCAAGAAUCUCAAAUUCAAUUGGACCAUGUUACAAUUGUGGGAAAAAUUCAAUUGGAGGACAAAAUUGAAGCGAGGCGAAUGCCUCGAUCGAAGCAUUUCGAAACGCAUAGGUGCUCUUCCGUCUUCGCGAUUGCUUUCUCGCGAAAUUUUCACAAUCGGCGGAUCCACCACGUGAAGACCAAGUGUGUCACAUACGAAACGGUGCGUUGAUCUUUCGGUUUGAGCAUGUGUGCUUCUCCCAUUGCAUAAUGACAAAUAAAACAUCAUGUUGCAGAAAAUUGUCGGACGCGCUACCGUGAGCCUCUCAUUACUCGCUCUGUGUUACGCAGUUCAAAGGGAGGCCCGGAUUUUUCCUGGCUCAAAAAUAGAAGAAGGAGAUCCUAUGCUUUUCCUUUUAUCUAUUUUUUUACUUUUAUUUUGUUGCAGACAACGGUGGUGUUCGUCGGUCUGUGGAUUCUUCGGGUCGACGUGAACGCGGCGAAAAACGGUCUUAGUAAGUCGAUUGUUAUUCCGUUCUGGGAAACGCUUUUAACGAUCACUAUGCACAUCCUUGAACUGAUUUUAAAACAAUGAUGAUUAUUUUUAGAAAGGGAAAUUCUGCGAAUUGAAUGCGAUCAGUUUUCUUUUAUUAUAUGCAUACGGCAUUUGGAAUUGUUUGAUAUUCUCGUGGUAUGAUGUUUGGAAUUAUUGAAUGUUAAGUACAUUGGCAUUUAGAAUUACUUCAUGUCAAACAAACUUGGAAUUAUUAAAUAUUGAUAUAUUUAACAUAAAAUUUAUAUUAACAUAUUUAAUAUAAAUUUGUAGUUUAUAUUAACAUAUUUAAUUAAACUUGUAGUUUAAUUAUUUCGAAUUAAUAGUAGCAAGCUAAGAUUAGGUAUUUAGAAUACCAAAUAACCAAAAUUUAGGUUCAACAAUAUCUGAUUCCAAAAGUAUCUGAUAUUAAAUUCACUGACCUUGCGACAUCGUUUCGAUAUUAGUGCAUGAUUCUUAAACACAUUUGACAUUUAUUGAUUUUUUAAAUUGCCUUUCAAAGUUGUUUCGUUCAUACUUAAGGAAAGAAGCGAAACUGUUUCGUGAGUAAUCGUGUUACAUUCUUUCAUGACUUAUUACGGGCAAUGAAGAAAUUUAAAUGAACGAAUUAAACGUACUUUAAUCUUCGUGAUGCAAAAUUAGCCAAUCUUGUAAGAACUGAACGAAGGCAGAAGUAUUCGAAAGGAGAAAGUGUAAUUGACAUCCAAUAUCACGCAUGUCACUUAGUCUUCAUGAGUGAUGCUCACGACCCACAUGAGUCCAUGAACAUUAAUAGGAUCCCUGUUGACAGAGUAGAAAGAGCAUUUCGCAACUGUCAUGGUAAUUCAAUUAAAUUUUAUUUUUAAUCGUAAAUUUUUCUGUUUCUUUUAAAGAUCCAUUUAAAUAUCGAAUUUGCUUGCUUCUGCUUUUCAAGGAUACAAUCACGCUGAAGUAGUUUAUUAAUAAAUUGUUUGAUUCACAACUGAAAGACAAAUUUUGCCCCGAGCAAAUUUUUUUAUUCCUAGCUUUCGAUCACACUCGCGAUUUCCUUAUUGCGCUCAGUUUGAACUUUGAAAUUUUUUCUAGUUACAUUUAUAUAAGCCAUGUUUAUAUUGAAUAGUCUCUACUCUUGAAUAGCCUCUGGCUAUCUAUAGUGACUUUUAGCUUUACAUUCGUACGAUGUAACAUCAACAUACUCUCCGGAACUUGUCUUGAUUCAAACUUGCUUCGAAUAUGUUGUAAUAUCAAAUCGGGGAACCCAGUAACGAAAAUAUUUCUUCAAAGCCUAAAAACCACGAUGAAUGUGUGAGAAUGCAAAUGGCGAAAGUUAAGAAGAUCGUGAAGUUACACGUAAGAUUUCGAAUAACAUUGACUUAUAAUUUAAUUUCUUCAUAACAUUUGUGCAUUUGCGUUCUAUAUUUUAGAAGAUCAUCAAUGACAUCAAUUAUUAUUUAUAGGAUAUGAAUUUAAAUUAAAUAAUUCCAAAAUCAAAUUUACUUGACUGAAAUAUAAAUCGAUUCAAUUAACAAAGUGUUAGCAGCAAAAAGAUUCAUUUUCAAUUUAAAUCGAUUUGAAGUCCAAAUUCUUCGAAACUCUAUUCGUCGAAAUCACUCUGUUUGCGAAAUAGGCCCCGAGGUGCUGACGUCUUUCGCCAGGAACAUCGCGUCGGUCUUGUCGACAACCUUGUUGAACGAUUAUCAGGAUCCACCAUCGAACCAAUCAUCCACUAACCUUCUGAAGAGAAUCCAGGAAACACAAUUCUCCUUAGACGUCGACCACGCUCCAUCAGAGAGUUCGAGGAACUCGUCGAAUGCUUCUUUCAAUCGCUACCCCCGUUACACACGCGAAUCUUCGUCGAACGAGGGGAAACAAGCAGUGUUUCAAGACACUUUCGUAACAAACGCGCCUCAAUACUCCAAAUAUUACAACUCGGAAGCGUACAAACCGUACGAGUUCGCGCUGAAUCGCGACUCACGAAUUUCUUACGACCAACUAAACGUAGAGGCACCAGAGAACGUCAACCAAAGUGGUACCAAGGACAAUUCUAUCGACGCGGACGUCAAGACAGCCUCUCUUCACUAUUCCAAUCAGUAUCAUCAACCACCUGGAUUCGGGUACAAGCCUGAACGUACGCACCAACUGCCAAAUUCAAAUCACUAUCCCCGACUCGAUCUUCAGUCAAAUUAUCGUCGUCUGUCGCCUCAAACAUCUCUUCAAUCUUCUUCGUCAGCAGAAACGCUCAACCCGAUCGACGAGAACGAGAACGCUCAGGUGGCUAGAAUAACUCGUAGGCCGUUUCACCUAAACUAUCAUGCUCCCUUUAACGCACUUUAUUACCCGUUUCAUGAUCAUGUAGGAUUUUAUCCUCACGACAGAUCCGUCGAAGGUGAGAGUCAGCCCACGAAUCCCACUAACGUACAAGCUGAGAGCAAUCCAUCCAGACUGAUCGACGAUCAGAGUCAAGGUCAGACCGCGUUGGCAGGAUACGAUUAUGGCCCUCGUUUUCACUAUAGGCAUCCGUAUUACGAUGGUUUCUAUCCUGGAUUCCCUGGAUUCUAUCCUCGUCCUUUCAACGAGUCUUUCAACAAUCACGGAAACGGAAAUCACGGGGAUCAUAAUGGGACAAAUGGCGCGUUCGGUCCAUACGGUUACCACCAUGGACCAUUCUUUCACGGUCCAAAGUUCCACGGCCCUUAUGUUCCUUAUAACCCGUAUUAUCCGUAUUUCUACGGACCGAAAAGACCGGUGGAGAAUCAUGCGCCCGAAAAUCAUGGAAAUUCUGAACAAUUGGCAUCACCGGAAAACGGGCAUACUGAUGGUAAUUCUACUGGGAAUCAUGUUCCACACGGUGGAUAUCCUUAUUACGGUGGUUUCCCUUACUAUGGUCCUUAUCACGGUUUUAAUUUCCAUCCGUAUCCUCUGGCACCGUUUCACGGGUUACCUUAUCGUUUCGGUCACGGUUUCCACAAUCUUCUGUUCCCAGGACUCAAACCUGUUCCUUACUUGAAUUUCUACCAUCAUUACCCGUUCGCUCACUGGCAUCCCUUCGGUGGUUAUUACCCCCAUAAUAAUCGACCUGUGAUGGGGGAGAAACCUGGACACACGGAGAAGAAUGGAAAUGAAAAUUCAGAGGCUGGGCCAGCAUCUAACAGCGAGGCUGAAAUGUUGUCUGAGAGUAAACUGGAAGCGAUUCGGUCUUUAGCCCUGAGUGGAUAUAAGGAACGUUUCUCUCCCGAGUAUGUUAGCAAAGGAAGAAAGGGUGAUCAAGUGUUCAAUGAAUUAUCUUGA